UCAGGCUGGGAGAGAAGAUUACAAAAAACCCGAUCCGCUCUCUUUUAGCUGUGAUACUAUAACGUUUCCCUGGUGACACGGAGUCCCUCUUACAUCUGAGGUCACUCAGUAUUUUUCUUUUUUGUUGUUUUUUUACUCUUGUCUUGUUCACCACCUGUGUUUCUAAGAGGCCCACAGAAGCAGCAAUAUACCACCUUGCUUUGUUUACCAGAAUGCGUCUCACCACAGAGGAGAAGAUAGAGCUGGGAUUCAAUCCUGCAUUUGGGGGCAGGGAUGAACAACCACAGUUGGGUGUUGACAUUGAGGAGCCUCACAGUGGGGAGACUCUGGAAGAGAUGGUGGACAACGGAGUAGAUUUGGUUUACUCCCUUAAUGACAGGCCACCAUGGUACCUCUGCAUUCUGCUUGGCUUCCAGCAUUAUAUUCUUGCUUUUGGUGGCAUCAUUGCAGUCCCGCUGAUUCUUGCUGAGCCUCUCUGCAUAGGGGACAACAACAUUGCCAAAAGCCAGCUCAUUUCCACAAUCUUCUUUGUGUCAGGAUUAUGCACACUGCUGCAAACAGCUGUCGGAACCAGGUUACCAAUCCUCCAGGGUGGAACCUUCAGUUUCAUCACUCCGACUCUGGCCAUUCUUGCCCUGCCUAAAUGGCAGUGUCCGGACCCAAAUGCCCCCGCGAUACUAUCCAUGCAGCUUCAGAACGACACCAGCCCGCAGCAGGUGGAAAACUCUGAUGAAAUCUGGAUGUCACGAAUACGUGAGAUCCAGGGGGCCAUCCUGGUGUCCUCCCUGCUCCAGAUUGUCCUGGGCUUUUCAGGAUUGGUGGGUCUUGUUCUCAAAUUCAUCGGCCCUCUGGCUAUCGCUCCAACCAUCAAUCUCAUCGGUAUGUCGCUGUUCAUUGAGGCUGGAAAGAAAUGUGGAGGCCACUGGGGAAUAGCUGCGCUCACAGUCUGUCUGAUCCUCCUGUUCUCCCAAUACCUCAGCAAAGUUGAUGUCCCAAUGAUUGCGUACAAGGAUAAGAAGUGGAAGGUCUUCCAGUAUCCACUCUUCAAGCUUUUCUCCGCUUUGUUUGGGAUGUGUGGCGGCUGGCUGCUCUGCUUUGUACUGACCAUAUCUGACGUCCUGCCUUCGAAGUCUGAUCAGUAUGGCUUCUCUGCCAGGACUGACAUAAGCUUGGAUGCUGUAACAAAUUCCCCGUGGUUCCAUGUGCCUUAUCCAGGUCAGUGGGGUUUACCCACAGUGAGUUUGUCCUCAGUGUUGGGUAUGAUGGCAGGGGUCUUGGCAUCUACCAUGGAAUCCAUUGGUGACUACUAUGCUUGUGCUCGUUUGUCUGGUGCCCCUCCACCUCCAACACAUGCAAUCAACCGAGGUAUUGCCGUGGAGGGCAUUGGCUGCAUCCUGGCUGCACUGUGGGGAACAGGAAAUGGCACUACCUCCUACAGCCAGAACAUUGCUGCACUUGGAAUUACAAAGGUUGGCAGCAGACUGGUCCUCCAGACAACUGGAAUUCUGAUGAUUGUUCUGGGGAUCUUUGGGAAGUUUGGAGCAGUUUUUAUUACCAUUCCAGACCCUGUGAUUGGAGGCAUGUUCCUUGUUAUGUUUGGAAUGAUUGCAGCUGUGGGGAUAUCAAACCUCCAGUAUGUUGAUCUAAACUCUUCUCGCAACCUCCUCAUCCUCGGCUUCUCUACCUUCAGUGGUCUUGUGUUACCUACCUGGUUUCACUCCAACCCCGGCAUCAUUGACACAGGAAUAAAAGAGCUAGAUCAAGUGAUUGUAGUGCUCUUCACUACACAUAUGUUCAUCGGUGGAUUUUUGGGCUUUAUCUUGGAUAACACUAUUCCAGGCACCGACAAAGAGAGAGGCAUUAAAAACUGGCAGGACAAGGUACAAGAAGAAAGCAAAAGCUUGUGUGAUCUGUCUUGCUAUGAUAUCCCUUUUUGCAGUGGUUUUUUAAAACGAUUUAAGUGUUUCCAAUAUCUGCCCUUCCUCCCUUCUUACAAGACCAAGACAGAGGAAGCAUCCACUUAAAGAAGUAGCUUCCUGGGUAAUACUGAUGUUAGCUUAUUAGCCUCAGAAGGCCUAAAAUUGAGCACUUGAAAGCCAUUGCUUUUACAUUAUUAGUGUUGUACUUAAACCUUACUGUGAAAUUACUGUAUUUAGACAAUCUUGGCUUUUUUCCUCCAGUUUCUUCACAAAGUCCUAUAUUUGCAAGUUUAUUGAUUUUCCAAAACUUAGCCUAAGACAUUUAACGUCUAACAACUAACAUAAGCUGUUGCUGUUUCCAAAUAAAGUGAUUAACUUUUCACUGUGAAUCAACUCAAGCAUUCAGACUGGACAGUCACUGACAACACAGGGAUACUGAUGUGGGACCAGUUUGGCCCUUUGUAUUAUUUGUAAUAUAAGACAUACAGAGAAUUAAAAAAAUAACGUAAUCAAUACAUCUAUAUAUAUAUGAAGUUUAAUAUCUAUAUGUGUGCAUCUUGUUUAUAAUAAAAUAGUAAAACUCUUAAAGAGUUAAGUUGCUCCAGUUACAGUUAGAAUUAAACUAACUAACCGCCUGCCACAUGGUUGGUAGCUUGAGAAAACAUUUAUUUUGCCUGAAAAAGCAAGGAACAGCAGAAUUAUUGGCCAUAUGUAACAACUCAGGAGCAGUGAUUCUGACUUAUUUAGAAUGACUCAUGUCAAUAUAAGGCAGUGUGUAUUUUAUGUCUCCUUUUUCUUCUCAUUGCAUUACCCAUGUCUUUGCAGGUCUUUCAUGUAAAAACUAAAGUAAUAUGUUUGUCAUAAUAUGCAUUAACUGUUCAGGGGGUUGCUAAUGUAACAUUUCCAUCUUCUGUAGGAUCAUUACUACCUCAUAAGCAACAGUAACCCACAGAACAAGAGAAGCAACCAUUUAUACUAUAACCAAAUGACGUAAUGUCUACAAAAAACUUUUACAUUAAUAUUGUCAAGGUCACAGCUUUCUGUUUCAUUCUGCCUUCUUGCAUCAUUGUAUAGACAUAAAAAUCUGACAUUUUUAAAAACAUUUUUACUUUUUAAAAAUAUACUGUAUGUGGAAUUUAACUUUUUUUUUGUACUAUACAUAUAAGCAGC